CCACCUUUAAUAUCAUCAAACAUCACAUACCUUUAAUAUCUUAAGAUUUUAUUUUGCCCUGGUCUUUAGGUUAAAGUUUUUUUGCAUAAAUGUGGUGUAAUAAUCGCUAAUUGCACACACACAAGUGCGAGUAUUCUCACUCCAUUAGUGCCUGCUCUCUGCUAGACCAUUAUGAGUCGCCCACCGGAGGUUCUCUGGGCUCAACGCUCUGACAAGAUCUAUUUGACUGUUGCUCUGCCGGAUGCAAAAGAUAUCUUAGUGAAGUGUGAACCUGAAGGCCUAUUUAAGUUUUCAGCCUCUGGACCACAAGGAGAAAACUAUGAAUGUACACUAGAACUUUUUGGAGCAAUAGUGCCCGAGGGAUGCAAAACCAAAACAGGUUGGAGGAAUAUAUUGUGCUCAAUUCAGAAGGAGCAGAAAGGUUGGUGGAAAAGGCUUUUAAAAUCAGAAAGAUCUCCUCCUUACCUGAAAGUUGACUGGAACAAAUGGUGUGAUGAAGAUGAGGAAGAAUCAGACUCUGAUUUGGCCUAUGAUGACGAUACAGCUGCGUAUAAUGAUGAAGACAGCAGUGAUGAUGAUGGAGGAUUACUUUAUCUUCCGGACUUGGAGAAAGCUCGCGGCUAGCAGGAUAUUUGAGAUGUUGGUAUAUUGUUGGACGACAUUUAAGUACGUUAAGGAGUAGGUUUUAGCGGAGUAUUAUAUAGAUCUCGAGAGCUCGAGGUUAGCAGGAAUCAGGAUAUCGCGUGCAGAAUCGAACCUUAGGUAGGGCUGGGAGCCUGGGAUUAAGUUCUCAGACUGUUAGUUCAAGUAAUUAUAAUUCUGAAAGAAUUCUCAAUAUUUUCUCUCUUAGAUAAAGUAUUACAGAUUGAAAUGAAAAAUAAUGCUAAUUUAUUGGGACCUAGAGAAAUAUCUACAUUCUCUCUAUUAUGUAUCAACCGUUCAUUAAAAAAAAACUCAAAUUUUGUUUAUGUUUUAUUCAUACAUUA